GACAACGGCGGCGCGUCGUGUGCGGACUUUUGUCUCUCUCAGUCGAUCUCGCGUGUGUUGAUCUCUUCGCGGAUGUUAAGUCACAUUAUUCGUCUGGUAUCACGCGCGUAUAAAAAGCCGUAUUCCUCUUUCGCGCCAUCAAUGAUACUGCAGGAAGAGAUUAAUGUCAUAUCAAACGUUAUUUAGUAAAAUCAAUAACUUCGCCGUCGUUGGGUUAGACGGUCUCUAACGAAAUAUUGUCCUUGGAUGUUUCUUGCUCAAGAUACGUUUGGAAAAAAAUGCCAGAGCAUUGAAGUGAUAACGAAGCAAAAAAGGUCGAUACAAUAGACGUGCCAUCGUAAAUAUCGAUCGGUCAUAAUUUUUCUCUUAAUAUGACGUAUUGGAAGAGAUAUGUGGGCAGGUGCAAUCUGGAUUUUUCAAUAUGUAGUACUCAUCAUAUGUCAUCCAUGAGUCAUCCAAAAUAGAUGUAUCAACAGAAAUUUUGUACGAACAAGCGAUUUUAUGAUAGUUCUUAUGCCGACCAGAUGAGGCACAACUGCGUGAUGGAAUUAUUUGAUAAUGAAAAUAAAUUUGAAGCCUGAUAGUUUUGAUAUAAUAAAACUAUGGCAGCGGCGCAAGACACACCGGAAUCGGAUACCGGGAGUUUCGAAUGUUUUAGAAAUUACACAGCACCAGAAGUAUUCAUACAAGGCCUAGCUGGCAUUGUUGAUCAGCAGGAUGUAGAAUCUAUGAUACGUGCUCAAAAACAAAUGUUGCAGAGGUUUGAAAAAACUAACGAGAUGUUGACCAAUUGUAAUCAAUUGUCAGUACAUAGACUUAAAACAGCUGGCACAGAAUUCAAAAAGCACAUCGCUCUUUUAAUCGAGAUGAAGAGAGAUCUGGAUUAUAUUUUCAAAAGAAUUCGUUUGGUGAAGAAUAAAUUGAGUCAACAGUAUCCACAGGCAUUCAAUGAGGCGGUAAGAAGUAGUUUGGCGGAGGAAGUCAUUGUAGAGGAUGUCGAUUGCCCGGUAAAACCUCUCGAACCAGAAAUUGUGCCAUUGCCAUCCGUUCACGGUGCUGCCGAUCGAGAUCCCGACUCAGAUGGUAAUGAAACCUCUACUAAAAAUUGCCAUAUCGCUAAAGAGUAAAUCUGAUUUUUCGAUGAAUGUUCAAAUAUAAAUUACUUAAAAUUACCUACGGAACAAACGGGCAAUUAAUUCAGGUAACACAUCACAUUUCUAAUCUGUACAUUGGCGGAGAUGAAUCAAGUGUGUCUCUAUGUUUUGUUGUAAGAGACUGAAAAGGGACACCUGUUUAGUCUGAAUUGUUUAAAUAGUCAGAUGAUUUUAUCGUUGUGAAAUGUAAUAUGUAAGUACAUUACCUCUAUAUGAGAAUGCACAUAAAGAAUAUUUUGAAGAGAGUAUUUCUAUAUUAGAGAUCGAUGUUAAACAAGAAGCGACGUAUCUCGUUUCUCAAGAUUGCGCUUUACCUGACAAUUUGUGCACUUUCUCUCUCGUGGAAAACGUUAGUACAAAACCAUUGUAGAAAGAAUAUCAACUGCAACGACGUUCCGAUAUUUUCCGAUUAUUUCCACAAAUUUUGAUUACUACUUGCAUGUAAAAUUCGAUUGUCAUAUUACUGAUGCAAGUUUGCAAUACAAAUGGUACAAAGAAUAAAUAUUCAUAUUUAUAUAUACCAGUUGAUUUACGGAAAUUAAUGACAGAAAAUAUUAACGCGAAUGGUAUAAAUAAUUUUUUUAUCUUUUAAUUACGAAUGAGUGAGAAAUGCGUCAUGUUGAAUAUUUGAAAUAUUAUGUACACGUUAGAGACAUGAUGAUGGCGCAUUAAAUACGGAAAUUUAUUACUUUAAAUGUUUUCUCUUGAUUACGUAUUCACCGACUCGCGUAAGUAUGUACAUAUCGAGUAACAACAACAUGCUUUCAGUGUACGAUGGCCGAUCUAUUGCUUCUCGCAGCGCAUAGCAAAGAAAGCUUGUUUAUGUGUUAUAUAGUGCAUUAUUGUAAAUAAAGAUCGUUCGUUGUCUACCUCGUCGCAGAGUUUCAAUCUACUUCUUAUAGGUACGUCUAUAACGAUUUAUAGUUUGAUCGAGAAACAAUCCCGCGCACACAACCCAUAAUGCGACAAAACUUAAUAUAUAGGAACGCGUAGCUCAGUUAAUUAAAAGAUUAAAUUAAGUCGAUGCACGUCGCGGUUUCGGAUGCGAGAACGCGCGAAAUGAAGCCGUUGGGUCGAAUCUGUGAUCGUUUCAGACUCGUUAACAUUUUAGAUAGUCUAGACGGUGCGCGAUAAUUCUGCAUCUCGCAAAUAAAUCCAUUACAUGCGCAUUCUUACUGUAAGACGAUGCGAUCUACAUUGUAAAGAUCGUUUCGGUCGGCCGAGAGAGAAAGAGAGAAAUAUAUAAAUGUUCUUUGUUCUCGUUCUCCUA